UCGGACUCAAGGUGAGUUUUGAACAGGAGCUGAUCAGCAGUCGUUGCUCGUAUGUUUUUGCUGUGAAUGAGCUGCAGUUGUGUUUCUGUCAGCUGUGAAUGUGAACAUCUCACACACGACGAGUGGAAGGGUCACGACAUCCGGAACACAACUGGACCCUGCAGGCGGACAGAGACACGACAGGAUGGCCAAUGUGCUGUGCCACAGAGCCAGGCUGGUCACUUACCUCCCAGGACUUCAUGUAUUGGUUCAUCGUGUGGCAGGAGCCAGAGCCUUCUCUAAUAUGGGUGAACCCCACGUAGCCAUCACUCCAUCUGACAUGGGACUGCGGACAGUGUGGCCUGAUGAGAGCAUGGGUCCUUUUGGGUCCCAGGACCAGCGCUUCCAGCUGCCUGGUAAUGUGGGCUUUGACCACCACCUAGAAGGACUAACAAAGCAGGAGGAGAGCCUGGCACACAAGAUGAUCCCUAAUGUGCUGUCAUCCCCGUCCACUAGUGAGAGACAUGAGUUCAUACUGACCCAGGUCAUUGGUGACUUUGAAAAAGAUGACUCAGCCUCCUGUCAGAGUGUCAUUAGAGCUGAACAGUACUUUGAUAACUCCAGUGUAGAGUGUGCUAUAGAGUCAUGCCCCGCGCUUCUACAGAAAGAUUUCCAUUCCAUGUUUCCUGAGGCUCCACCCUCUGGUAUGAUGGUGGUCACAGUGACCCAGAAAACCCAGAACAAUAUGACAUCAUGGUGUGCCGAGGUGGAGCAGGAGAGAGAGCAGAUGCUUGGCAAGUUUGUGGAUGGAGCCCAGGAUAUCUGCUAUGCCCUGAAGAGAGAAGGAUUCUGGGCUGACUUUAUCGACCCUUCCUCAGGCCUGGCGUUCUUUGGCUCGUACACCAACAACACACUGUUUGAGACCGAUGACCGGUACCGUCACCUGGGUUUCCAGAUCGAGGACCUAGGCUGCUGCAGAGUGAUCAGACACGCUUUGUGGGGGACACAUGUUUUUGUGGGGACAAUAUUUACUGACGCACCACCCAGCAGCCUCGUAAUGAAGAAGCUUCAGGGCAGAUGAGUAUGAGAUCAGGGACUGUGGGCUGCCAUUAAAGCUGUAUAAAACUGUCUGGACUGUUUGGUUCAUUAAUAACGCAAUGAAAACUUCAUAAACUGACUCCUCUGGAAUUUUCCUGUACAGCAUGUAUUGUAAUAGCUCAUAUUCAUUUAUAUUUAAAAAUUCAGAUGCCACAAGCAAAUGCUGCUCUAAUCACAAUGAGGUGUAUUAACUUCAUGUUUCUGUAACUGUUAAACUUUUAGGUUCAAAUCAGAACCUCUUAGCCACAUUUUGUCUCUACUUAUCUGAUUGUGCUGUCUGAACUAUCGUCCUAUUUUAUGCCCUGAUGUAAUACCAAUAUCAGUGGAGGAUUACUGAUAUACACAGUACACCCAACCAGUUUUAAAAAAGUACUUAAUAUAAUAUGAAAGGAAACGCUGAUACCUGCGCCAAAAGUGAAAUGUAAAUAAUAUGAUCAUGUGAGGGACUAUUUUUGUUUAUUUUGUCAAAUGAUGACCAAAAUUAUUAUGAAUGGAAGCUGAAGUAAUAUUAGUGUUUCAGGUAAUGUGUGUCGUGGCCUUUUCUUUUUUUAUUGUUUUGAACUGCCAUAUUACGGGGCUCAUCUUUGUGACUCGCAUUCAACAAUCCUGUUGCCUUUGGCUGAUUUAUUUUCACUUCAAAUUAACAAAACCCCUUCAUUUUAAUAAACUUAAAGGGGCAGGAAGCGAUUUUGGAUAAA